UAAUCUGGUUCAGUGCAGAAAGGUUUUCCUGCAAGGCACAAAUUUAGUCCUCAGCAUCAAUUUGAGGUGAAGGAGAGAAGGGAGUGAAGCAUUCGAUAAUGUCUGUCUACCUGCUCCUAAUUUUUCUCUUUCCCUUUAGUAUAUGUCUUCAAGUGUCUGAUAGUGGGAUAUUUUCAAUAUAUAACGAAGAUAGCAAGCUCUGUGCCCAAGCUCAAAACUCUAGCUCGGUCAUAACUACCACGUGUGAGCAGCACAAUGAGUUUCAGAAGUUCAGGUGGGUCUCUGCCACUCAGCUGCUGAGCAUGGCACUGAAGCUGUGCUUGGGAGUGCUCUCCAAGGACGAUGAGGCUGCAAUCACUUUGGAAGCUUGUAACAAGACAAAUGCACUUCAGUGGUGGGAAUGUAAAAAUGACACACUUGCAACCCAAGGCAAAGAUUUAUUUUUCAACUAUGGCAAAGGAAAAGGAAAGAAAAUCAGGCUGUCCAAAGGAUCAGGCAAAGGGAGCAGGUGGAAAAUCUAUGGAACCACAGACAGUGUGUGCUCUCAGCACUACGAAGAUAUCUUUACUCUGAGAGGAAAUGCCUUUGGCGCACCAUGUGUAUUCCCAUUCAAGUUCAGGGAUAAAUGGCAUGCUGAAUGCAUACCUCGGGGUGAUGAUGCAGGCUCUCUCUGGUGUGCAACAUCUUCAGAUUUUGAUAAAGACCAACUUUUUGGAAAUUGUCCUUUAAAAGACCCCAUCCACAAUGAUGCUUGGAAAACAAAUCCUUUGACAGAAACCUACUAUCAGAUAAACUCACAGUCACUUUUGACAUGGCAUCAAGCGAGGAAAAGCUGUCAGCAGCAGAAUGCAGAAUUACUAAGUGUCACAGACCUUCAUGAAGAAAUGUAUUUAUUAGGACUCACUAGUGACCUGGGUGUUAAUGCUAAGCUCUGGAUUGGUCUUUUCGGUGCACUUGACAGUGGCUGGCAAUGGACUGGGGGUAAUCCUUUCAGAUAUCUAAACUGGGCUCCAGGAAAUCCCUCUGUGGAAUCCGGAAAAAUAUGUGGGACCUUCCAAGGUAGGAACGGCAAAUGGGAAAACCAAGAGUGUAAUCGGAAACUGGGAUAUAUCUGCCAAAAGAGAAACUCAUCUUUAGAUUCCUCCACUAUUGCCUCAAGUAACUUAAAGUCUAUUAAAUGCCCCAGGGAAUGGGUGGCCUACGCAGGUCAUUGCUAUAUAAUUUACAGAACACUGAAAAUAUGGAAAGAAGCCCAGUCUUCCUGUAGAAAAGAAGGUGGAGAGCUGGCGAGUAUUCAUAAUAUCGAGGAGUACAGUUUUACAGUGUCACAGCUUGGGUACAAGCCCGACGAUGAGCUGUGGAUUGGUCUAAAUGAUUUCAAGGUUCAAAUGUAUUUUGAAUGGAGUGAUGGGACACCAGUGACAUACACCAAGUGGCAUCCAGGGGAGCCAACCCACACACGUAAUGAGGCAGACUGCAUCAUUAUGAAAGGAGAGGAUGGCUUCUGGGCUGACAGUGCGUGUGAAAAGAAACUUGGUUACAUCUGUAAAAGGAAACCUUCGGCAGAAGAAUCAGAGGAAGCUGAGGUUACUUACCCAGGCUGCCAGAAAGGCUGGACAAAGCACGGUUUUUACUGUUAUUCCAUGGGACAGAUACCAGCAACAUCUUCAGAAGCAAAACAAAUCUGUGAAGAAAACAAAGGUUAUCUGGCUACUGUGCAAGACAGAUAUGAACAGGCAUUUUUGACUUCUGUAAUUGGAUUCAACCCAGCAAAAUAUUUCUGGAUUGGUCUCUCAGAUGUGGAAGAGCAAGGGACUUUCAAAUGGGCAGGUGGCGAAGCCGUUACAUUCACUAACUGGAACUCAGGCAUGCCAGGAAGGGAGUCAGGCUGUGUGGCCAUGAGAACAGGAACUUCAGCUGGACUAUGGAAUAUUUUGAACUGUGAGGAGAAAAACAUGUUUCUCUGUAAGCAACUGGUUCAGGGAGUGACCCCCCCGCCUCCUCCAACGACGACUCCUCUUCCGUCAUGCCCAGAGGAGUGGCAAUCAGUUCCUCGGAGUAGCUCAUGCUUCAAACUUUUCCAGAGGGGAAAGGAGAAAAUGCAAACAUGGUUUGGUGCAAGAGAUUUUUGCAGAGCCAUCGGAGGAGAUCUGGCCAGUAUCCAUAGUGAAGAAGAACAAAAUCUAAUAUCUGGCUUAGACAGAGAUUAUCUUCACUCAUCUUACUGGAUGGGUUUAAAUGCCCUGGACUCUGACAGAGGAUUUAUAUGGAGUGAUGGCUCACCAGUAAAUUUUGAAAAAUGGGCAGGUGGAGAACCAAACAAUUAUGAUGGGAAUGAAAAAUGUGGAGUGUUUAAUGGCUACAAUAAUAUGAAAUGGAAUGAUUUAUUUUGUGAACAUAUGCAAGACUAUGUUUGUCAAAUAAAGAAAGGAGCAUCAUUGAAACCAGAACCUACCUCCACAUUCAAUUAUGAAUAUGAUGUUAAUGAAGAUGAUUGGAUAAUAUAUCAUCAUAAGGAAUACUACUUCAGCAAGGAACCAAUGCCGAUGGAAAAAGCCAGGGAUUUUUGCAGGAAGAAUGGUGGUGAUCUUGCUGUCAUUGAGAGUGAAAGUGAAAAAAACUUUCUUUGGAAAUAUAGUUUCUAUAAAGACUGGGGCAAUAACUUCUAUAUUGGCUUAAGCGUGAGCAUUGAUAAAACAUUUCGAUGGAUGGAUGGAAGCCCUGUGAACUAUGUUGCUUGGGCACCAAAUGAACCCAAUUUUGCAAAUGAUGAUGAAAACUGUGUGGUGAUGUAUACCCAGACAGGCACAUGGAAUGAUCUCAACUGCGGCAGUGUUGAGUUGUUCAUCUGUGAAAGGCUCAACAAUACUGUUCGUCCAACCAUUGUUCCCACGUCACCACCACCAGAGGGUGGUUGUCCAGAAGACUGGGUCCUGUUUAAUAACAAGUGUUUCAGGAUGUUUGGCCUUAAUGAGAACGAUACGCUGACAUGGCACGCCGCCCGGAACAAUUGUAUACAUUUCAGAGGAAACCUGGCUACUAUAUUAAAAAAGGAAACACAAGCUUUCCUCAUGUCCCUCUUAAAAGAUGCUGCAACUGAUGCCUGGAUUGGCCUGAAUGACAUAAAUCAGGAGCACACAUACUUAUGGACCGAUGGAAGCCCAGUUCACUACACAAAUUGGGCAAAAGGCUCCCAAAGUUAUUAUAGUAAGGAUGACUGUGUCUUUAUGAUGAAGAACCCUACUGAACAGGCAGGGAAAUGGAAAGAUGAAGAAUGUAAAACAAGCAAAAGCUAUAUAUGCCAGAAAAAUACUGACCCUAAAUUUCAUAAUUCCCAACCCACAGUUCCGGUCUUUGGCUUUAAUAAUUAUGGUAAUGACCGCUAUGCAAUCACAAACUACAAAAUGAACUGGGAAGAAGCACAAAAGAACUGCAAAGACCAAUUUGCAGAACUUGCCAGCAUUUUGGAUCCUUACGCUGAUUCUUACCUGUGGUUACAAAUGUUACACCAUGGGAAGCCUGUAUGGAUUGGUCUUAACAGCAACACGAGUCAUGGCCAUUACGUAUGGUCAGAUAGAAGGAGAAGCAGGUAUCACAACUGGGCAAGUGGAGAACCAAAUAAGAACACAGCCUGUGUCUAUUUAGAUCUGGAUGGUUUCUGGAAGACAGCAUCUUGCAAUGAAACGUUUUUCUCUCUCUGUAAACAAUCUGAUGAGUUAAUCCCUAGUGAACCACCACAACUUCCUGGAAAAUGUCCUGAACCAAAGCGUGGUAGAUCUUGGAUUCCUUUCCGUAGUCAUUGCUACUAUGUUCACACCGCUUCUGAAGAAAGCUGGCCUGAUGCUUCCAUGACAUGUAUUCAGAUGGGUGCUUCUUUGGUUUCCAUAGAAGAUUCGGCUGAAAUGAACUUCCUCUUAUUUUACUUGUCUCCAAUUGCAAGUGACUUGAGAAAGUUUUGGAUAGGAUUGUUCAAAAAUAUUGAUGGGGAAUGGACGUGGACAGACAGAAGUGCAGUAGACUUUGUCAACUGGGAGAAAGGAGAACCUACAGCACUUUUUGAGGAACACUGUGUUGACAUGGAUGUCACAAGUGGAGCCUGGAGGAACUAUUACUGCUCUGUUGAUCAGAAUUUUAUUUGCAAAAUCCCAAAGAUUACUGCAGUUGAACCAACCCAUGAUUCAUCAAUCCAUAAAGUAUCAGAAAAGGAAGCUACUUCUGCACCUGCACAUGGAUUCAGUGGGAUGGUUGCUAUACUGGUUUUUCUUCUUCUAGCAGGAACUGGCCUUACAGUAUAUUUUUUCUAUAAAAAAAGACAUAAUCAGCCAACAAUCACAGCCAGUUUUGACAAUACCAUAUACUGUGGUGAUGCUGAACCUGGAACUCAUGAGUCAAACUGUCUUGUGACCAACAUUGAACAAAAUGAACAGGCAAGAGUUUAGUGAGCAAAGUAAACUUGUGCCUGAUUUUGAAAGAAAUUAAAGCAUUGGAAUACAAGAAUUCUUAAGGCAAAGUAGUUUUCUCCUAUGGAAAUUCUAGUCUGUUUUGCACAGCGUGCUUCUUGUUUUAUGUGCUAGCAGGAACAAGUAAUCUUGCAAGCUCUGAAUCUGCUCACAAACAGUAGUACCUGGAAGGAUUGUUGAGUGUAUACUUAAACCUGGAACGACACUGAGUAAGUGAACAGUCAGACAAUUCCAGCCUCUACAUGGGACCAGCAUCACCUUUUGGCCGCAAGGAGAACCGUGCUCAUUACAGGUAACUGUCGGAAUAAGCUCCUUAGCCUGCUCUGAAAAGCACAUUCCCAUCUGUAGGAGUCCUGAAAAUGUCAUGCCCCGAGCUCUAGCACAGACUGUCAGAGCUGCGCAGGCUGGACGGGACCUCUAGAGCUCACCUGGCCCAGCCCCCUGCUCAAAGCAGGAGCAGGCUGCUCAGGGCCUCAUCCAGUCAACCUCUCUAGGCAACCUGUUCCAGCGCUUAGUCACAUUCUUGGUGAAUUUUUUCUCCUUAUAUCCCAUUGGAAUUUCCCUUGCCUUCCCAAAUUAUGACUCUUGCCUCUUGUCCUUUUGCUGUGCACCUCUGAGAAGAGUUUGGCUCUGUCUUCCCUAUAAUCCUUCUUUAGCUAGUUGAAGAUAGCAAUUAGGUCUUCCAUUAGCCUAUAAUUCUCCCAGCUCUCUCAGCCUCUCCUUAUAUUUCACAUACCUACACAUCAAGGCCCCUACCCCUCUCAGUGGCCCUUGGCUAGACUCACUCUAGUUUGCCAAUAUCUCUCUUUACCUGGAGGCCCAAAACUGGACAGAGUAUUCCAGAUGUGGCCUCACAAGUGCUGUGUAGAGGGCAAUAAUAAUCUUGACCUGUUAUCUAUGCUCUUGGUAAUGUAGCCUUCAGUGCAGCUGGCCCUCAUCACCUCAUGGGCACAAUGCUCACCCAUGUUUGACCUUCAGUCUGCUGGGACGUCCAGAUCCUUUUCUGUGAAGCCCCCGCAGCUAGCUGGCCUCUGAACAUACUGCUUCAUAGAGUUAUUCCACCUCAAGUGCAGGUGACCACCUCAGGUGCAGGUGAACUUCACGGAAUUAUUUCAGCUCAUGUAACUUUGAACCAUUGACCCUUUGAGCCUGGUGGUCCAGCCAGUUUUUCACCUGCCUUACAGUCCCUUCAUUCAGUACAUACCUCUUGAGUUUCGCUGCAGGGAUAGUAUGGGAGAUGAUGCUGAAAGUCUUGCUAAAGUCAAGGUAAAUGACAUCCACUGCUCGCCUCUUGUCUGCCAAGGCAUUCAUUUUGUCACAGAAGGUAAUCAGUUUGGCCAGGAUUGAUUGGCCUAUGGUAAAUUUAUUCUGACUGUUUCCAAACACCUUUUUGUCCUUUCUGUGCCUGGAAAUGGCUUCCAGGAAAACUUGUUCCAUAACCUUCCCAGGUUGACUGAGGUGAGGCUGACUGACUUAUAGUUCCUUCAUUCAUAUUUUGAAGAUGAGUGUGAUAUUUUACUUUUCCAAUCAUUGAGUGUCUCUCCUGCUCACUGUGACUUGUCAGAGAUGAUAGAGAGCAGACUCACAAUGACCUCAGCCAACUCCCUGAGCAUCCUGUCAAACAUCUGGUCCUGCGGACUUCUGUGUAUCCGGUUUACUUUAGUCCCUAACUCGAUCCUCCUCUGCCAUGGGUACUCCUUCUCCCCUGAACUCUGCUGCUAGAUACAGAGACUUGGGAGGCUUGAGAGGUGGUUGAGGGCUUUGAAUACCUUGUGUAAAAGUAGGUACACCUGCCCCAUUCAGCUGUGGCCCUACACCUUCCUGUUGCUGCUGAGGUUCGCCUAGAAG